GGAGCGGGGCCGGGCAGCGGCGGCGGCCAUGGCCACGGCGGGGGCACCGGAGGGAAGCGAGCCGGGAUGCGAGCCGGGAUGCGAGCCGGGAUGCGAGCCGGGAUGCGAGCCGGGAUGCGAGCCGGGAUGCGAGCACUACCGGCGGGGCUGCCGGCUGCGGGCACCGUGCUGCGGGAAGCUGUACCCGUGCCGGCUGUGCCACGACGGCGCCGAGGAGCACCAGCUGGACCGGUUCCGGGUGUCCGAGGUGCAGUGCAGCCGCUGCCGGCUCCUGCAGAAGGCCCAGCAGCGCUGUGAGGGCUGUGGCAGCCUCUUUGGGGAGUACUACUGUGACAUCUGCCACCUGUUUGACCGUGACAAGAAGCAGUACCACUGCCAGGAGUGCGGCAUCUGCAGGAUUGGCCCCAAGGAGGAUUUCUUCCACUGCUCCAAGUGUAAUUUGUGCCUGAGCCUGAGUCUCCAAGGAAAGCACAAGUGUAUUGAAAAUGUCUCCAGGCAGGAUUGUCCAAUAUGUUUGGAGGAUAUUCACACAUCUCGUGUUGGAGCCCAUGUUCUGCCGUGUGGUCACCUCCUUCACAGGACAUGUUACGACGAAAUGCUGAAGGAAGGCUACAGGUGUCCUUUGUGCAUGCACUCGGCGUUGGACAUGACCAGGUACUGGCGCCAGCUGGACAACGAGGUGGCACAGACUCCCAUGCCCACGGAGUACCAGAACAUGAUGGUGGAGAUCCUUUGCAACGACUGCAAUGCCCGCUCCACGGUGCAGUUCCACCUUCUGGGCAUGAAGUGCCAGAGCUGUGAGUCCUACAACACGGCCCAGGACGGGCGGUGCCGGCUGUCCUUGGAGGAGCAGUGACCGGGAGGCGCGCGGCGUUCGGCCGGACGGGCAACGCUGGGCCCUGGCAGAGACUGUUUUGCAAACAAAGCAACUCUUGUGUCACUAAAAAUUCCAGUAUUCCAAGUUUAAGGAGUCCUUUACUGCGUCGGGGAGGAGGCAGGUGAGAGGAGCAGCAGGAGGAGAUGUGAGGAGCAGCUGAUGCAGCAGCAGGAGGAGUUUUGGGGAAGCUGAAGGGGAAGGGAGGUUGGAGGUGCAGCUCUCAGAGGAAAUGGGUCGCUUUGAGAGGCUUUUGGGGCAGCGUGUGAGGACAUGGUGUUCCCUGGGAAUGAUGUGUGUCCACAGGGACAGCGGGCAGGAGUGGCAUCCUCGGCUCCCUUCGUGCACUGUCACCUGUGUGGACAGAAUUCCCUUGAAACAAGGGAAUUGCCCUGCCUGCUGGAAUGACCAGCUGGAAGAUCCAGGUGCAAAGCCCCCCUUUUCCCCCUGGGCACCCAUCCUGACUCGCUGUCCUCCCUCUGCUCAGAUUCCUUUGCCAGUUGCAGUUGCUUUUUCCCCCGUUUCUUCCUCAUUUUGCACUGUUCACUGGCAAAGGCCGAGGUGGUGUGGGGUUUGAGACAUGUACAUAGCUGCAUUUUGCUGGUUAGGUACCUAAAGUGAAGCACACCUUCACAUCAGGCCGAGCCUGAGGUGUUCACUGAAAUAAAGCAGUCCAGGGUCCAAUUUUCUGUGGUUUUGGUGUUUGUUAAUGGUAGAACUUCAGUGUGGGGAGAGAAUGGGAGGGGGGGUGAACGGCUGCCUUUUGAAAGAAAUAAAAACCCACCUCCACCCUCUUUCAUGUAACAUCCUGCCUGAGGUGUUUUGCAGUCUUAAAUAUUGCAGAAAGUCCUUGAUUUCUGUGAAUCUCACAUGCAGAUACUUACAAUAAUAAGAUUUUAAAAAGGGUCCGUUACUCUUCAGGUUUUAACUACUCAUUUUUAACUUGUUCUGUUGUAAAAUGAGCUUUUCUUAAUCCAGCAGUGCCCGGUUUCUGUAGGGAAUAUUUAGGAUUUGGAUGGUAGCUAUUGUAGCUUGCCUUGACUGGGGUAUCUUUUUCUGGAGCACUUUUCUCACUGCUAUAAAUAAAUGUAAAAUAAGGUCUCUAUUAAAAUAAACAAACGAC